AUGCCAGAUCCCUCCCACAUGCAAUGCAGAUGCACAUGCCUUGUGGUCAAUGAAAGUUUAAUUCUCAUUAUCCCAUUCUUAGUGCGGAUCAGUCCUGGUAUACGACGACUCGGAACCUUCACGAGCUUGUACCAAUAUUUCUUUAUCUCCCCGGGAGCUCCUGACUCGUCUUUACUCGUCAGUUGUGUUGACACUCCAUCACAUUCUCCGUCUUCAUCCAAUCCAGCAGCCAUGGCACCAUCAGGGGAGCAUCAGAUAUCAAUCCCCCCUCCGGCCAAAUGUGCCUCAGAAUCCUCGAGCCCUACCGAUUCAGUAUUUAUCGAGUCUGAGAAGGCCUUCCUCGAGGACAUGUCUGAUCCUGAGAAGCAACAAGUUAGUAUGGAUCCCGAAAAGACUCUAGAGAAAACCGCAUCCUCAGGGCUUCGUGACCUCGAAGCCCAAACCGAACCCGAGCCCAAAAGAAGAUGGUAUGCUCCAAUUCGGUAUACCGUUCUCGACAUCUACCGCCGUCUCUUCUCCAUCGUCUUCCUCGCCAACCUUGGUGUGUUCAUUUGGGUCAUGGUUGAUAAUCGUACCUUAAUGGCCCUCAUCAACGCCACAGCUGCCAAUGUGCUCGCCUGUGGUUUGGCCCGUCAGCCCUUGGUCGUGAACACCUUCUUCCGUGUCGCAUGCUCGAUCCCCAGAUCGGCUCCACUCCGACUGCGCCAAAUCGCAUGCAAAGUCUAUCACUAUGGGGGCGUCCACAGUGGCUGCGGAGUCGCUUCUUUAGUCUGGUACGUCGGUUUCGUGGCCGUCUUGACCCGGACAUACACGAACCCUCCCGGAGGCCAGCCGGUCAUCUCGAGUGCACCAGUCAUCCUGGCGUACAUCAUCCUGGCCCUGCUCAUGGCCAUCAUCAUCGUGGCCUACCCAGGCUUCCGCGUCAAGCUGCACGACUAUUUCGAGCUCACGCACCGCUUCUCCGGCUGGGUGGUGGUCGCCCUUUUCCUGUGCCUGCUGUUGGUCUUCGCGGACGAAGCCAGCACUGCUCAAGGUGUCUCCCUGGGUAGCUUCAUAAUCAAGAUCCCCGGUUUCUGGUUCUUGAUGAUUGUCAUCGCCUCCAUUAUCCACCCCUGGGUGUUCCUCCGCAAGGUCCGUGUGCAGCCCGAGUACCUCUCUGACCACGCUGUCAGACUCCACUUCGAUUACACCAAGACCGCCUUCGGCAAGGGUAUUCAGCUCUCCAAGCACCCACUCCGUGACUGGCACGGUUUCGCCACCUUCCCCGACCCGGAGGGGAACACUUUCUCUUCCCUAGUCUCCAAGGCAGGCGACUGGACAGCAGACACCAUCAAGGAGCAGCCGACCCACCUCUGGAAGCGUGGUGUCUUGAUCUAUGGCUUCGCGUACUCCAUGCGUGUCUUCAAGAAGGUCCUCAUCGUCACCACUGGCUCAGGCAUUGGCCCUUGUCUGUCGUUCUUGGGUGACGAGAACCGUCCCGAGCUGCGCGUCGUCUGGCAAACCCGGGCUCCCGUGAAGACAUACGGAGAGAAGGUCAUUGACCUUGUCAAACAGAUGGACCCCGAUCCGGUCAUCAUUGACACCAACGAGAGGGGUCGGAUAGACAUGGUUCCUCUCAUCAGAAAGCUGUACAAGGAGUUCGAGCCUGAAGCUGUCUGUGUGAUCAGUAACGGCAAGGUCACGAAAAACACGGUGUAUCAGCUGGAGGCCACUGGUAUUAAGGCCUAUGGGCCAAUUUUCGAUUCAUGA